AGCGCCGGCGGGUGGGGAGGGCGCGGCGCGGAGCCGGCGACCGGCGGGCUGAGGCGGCGCGGCCACCGGGAGUCCGCGGCGGCCGGAGGCGGCGUCGGGCAGGCCCGAGCGGUGGGGCGCGGCGCCCGGGCCCGUGGGGAUGCGGGACCGGCUGCCGGACCUGAGGGCGUGUAGAAAAAAUGACGAUGGGGACACAAGUGUUGUUGUUGAGAAGGACCAUUUCAUGGAUGAUUUCUUCCAUCAGGUUGAGGAGAUCAGAAGCAGCACAGUUAAAACAGCUCAGUAUGUUGAAGAAGUAAAGAAAAACCACAGCAUCAUUCUUUCUGCACCAAACCCAGAGGGAAAAAUAAAAGAAGAGCUUGAAGAUCUGAACAAAGAGAUCAAGAAAACUGCUAACAAAAUCCGAGCCAAGUUGAAGUCUAUUGAGCAAAGUUUUGACCAGGAUGAGAGUGGGAACCGGACUUCAGUGGAUCUUCGCAUCCGGAGAACCCAGCAUUCUGUACUAUCUCGGAAAUUUGUGGAAGUUAUGACAGAAUAUAACGAGGCACAGACUCUGUUCCGGGAGCGGAGCAAAGGACGGAUACAGCGUCAACUAGAAAUAACUGGAAGAACCACGACGGAUGAUGAGCUGGAGGAAAUGCUGGAGACCGGGGGCCCUUCUGUCUUCACGGCAGACAUUAUAUCAGAUUCACAAAUUACUAGACAAGCGCUCAAUGAAAUUGAGUCUCGUCACAAGGACAUCAUGAAGCUGGAGACCAGCAUCCGGGAGCUGCAUGAAAUGUUCACGGACAUGGCCAUGUUCGUGGAGACCCAGGGCGAAAUGAUCAACAACAUAGAAAAAAACGUGAUGAAUGCCGCAGACUACGUAGAGCACGCUAAGGAAGAAACGAAGAAAGCUAUUAAAUAUCACAGCAAAGCUAGAAGGAAAAUGAUGUUCAUUGUUAUUUGUGUGAUUGUUGUGCUUGUGAUCCUUGGAAUUGUCCUCGCAACAACGCUGUCAUAGCGACGAUAUCCUGAGGGCCACUCUCCUCGCAGCCAGACCACAGCUGCAGCAGGUCCGUGCCUCCAGUUCCACGCCUGAGCCCCAGGCGCCGUGACGUAUGGCGCUGGGUGCUGAUCUUGUCUUAGUGAAGGCGAGGGGAAAACUUGACAGGACGCAUCGUGCAGGGAAGGUCUGUGAGCCGGAUGGGCGUGCCCGUUACCCCCAACGUCCCUGGACUCCGAACAGCACAUCACCAAAAUGUAACGAGGUGAAACUUAUUUCCAUGGCCUUAAAAUAAGGAAUUAUUGAAAAUUUCAAUUUUUUUUUUUUAUAUUUCAGUGUUAAAAACACAUGUGAAGUUUAAUUAGGAAUACUUUAUGUUAGGAAGGUACUAGAUUUCAGGUCUGAGCUUUCCUUCCCCACCCCCUCAGCUAACAUGCUAAUUAAGAGACGGUUUUGUACUGUGUUUAAAUCGUGUUCGUUUGGUAUUUGCAACGAAAAUGUUUAUCAUCAGAGCUAUUUUGUAAGAUAUCUAUAAUUUUAAAUGUUUAUAAAUUAUUUAAUAUAUUAACAUCUUAAUUUACUCCAUUUUUAUAUAUUGAAUAUUGCCUUUUGAAAGAGUGCUUGUAAUAUUGGAGCUUUGCAUAGUUGUUUACCAUUUGCCUCUGGCAGAGCACACGUCGGCUGCAAAGCCCCCGGAAAGCCUUUCAAGUGCCUUGUUGAUACUGAUUUGUGAGGUUCCAGUGCACCUGACCCCUCCAGGACAGUCCCCGUUCCUCUGCUCAUCUCCACGGCCCGAACUCAGACAUCAGUUCCUGCGCUGUGAAAGGCCACGGCCUCUUGCUUGUUCAUUAGAAAUAAGGUCUGUGUGUCCCUGUUUACAUUAAUGAGGCCUGAGCUUAGGAUGGUGAGAAGACCAAGAUUUAGUACUUUCUAAACUCAUGGAAAUUAUUUCCAGACGUUAAUUCUUCUAAAUGUAAACUGUUGUACAGAGUCCUGAAAUGCUCUUGUUAAGUACUUACUAUUCUGCUGAACUUCAAAAGUGAAUUCCCAAAGUUUAUAGGAAUCUAUAGGUAAACAUUUUAUUGCUCAUUCAUGUUUUUUAGUAUAAUAUGGUUUAUUUUUUGACUUGUAAAAUGUAUGGGAUCUCACUAGUGUGUGGACGUCUUGAAGAAAGCAGCUAGUCAAAUUGUAAAUGAAUGUGAAGGAUGUUCAAAAUGUCACAAACUGGUUUCCACUGUCCAUGAUUGUGUAAGCACACGCCUGUGUUCUGACGUUGGUUUGGAAACGGAUGGGGACGUUUGAUUCCGCACAGUAGGUGUGAAUGAUAUUGAGCAGUUUGGAAACUGUGUUCUGUAUGUAAUCCAAUUAUGAAUUCCACUCGUUCCUAAUUUAUGCAUCCAGCGGCCUAGCUUAGACUCAGAUGUGAACGGAUGCAUUUCGUUUGCUGGCUGGUCACCUCUGCGUCCUCAGAAUUACGAGAGGAGCCUUCUGGCUGUCACGUGUUCUUAAAAAUCUUGAAAUGGCCUGUCAUUGGGGUGUGCUCACUGACGUGUGCCUACGUCGGAGACAUGCCGGGAGGGAUGUUUAAAUACUUAGUGAUCAUGCUUGUAUUUGUGUAGCUUCUGUGCACCUGUCUGUGUCAUUAUGUCUGUGUGUCCGUCCGGCCCCCGUUCUCCUCCAGCUCCGUCUCCCAUCACGGUCCCGGCUGUGUGCUCGUCCAGGUCACUCUCCCUUCGUCUGAAGGCCUCACUGAAUGUGUGCUUUUGUCACUGAAGUUACGGAAAUGCCUUUUGAUUUCUGUUUAGGUAAAUAUUUAGGUCAGUCAUCACAUAGCACGUCUGUAUGUGUAAGCCUUAAGCACCUGUUUGAGAUCAGAUUUUUUAAAAAUAUAUUUACAGGUUCACUUGUUACUUUUUGUCAUUUCUUCAAAUAUUUUAUGUUUACAUUAAAAAAAAAAACUGCCAGAGAACUGAAAACCAAUUUACUUUCUGUCUUGUCAUUUCUGGAAAGAUUUUUGGGGACAUACUUUACUGCAUAUCCAUUAAUAAAUUGUUCUAGGAAAAUUA